AUGUCACAAAAAGAUCCUGGGCCAAUUCCAAACCGAUGGUUAAAGUGUCCACGAAAAGCCAAUGGCCUAAUUGCUGAAAAGUUUCUUGCAUUCAAGACACCGUUAGGUCCCCAGUUUAAUGAAAAAGUACCAAUUGAAAAUAGAUUUACACCAUCUAUUUUAUUCUCAAACCUGAGAGAUCUCAAGAUAAAGCUGGGCCUAUGGAUUGACCUUACAAAUACAUCUAGAUUCUAUGAUAAAUCUGAAAUUGAGAAGAAUGGAUGCAAAUAUGUAAAAAUGUCAUGUCGGGGCCAUGGAGAAACACCAUCAAAGGAACAAACAAGGCAAUUCAUUGAAAUAGUCAAUAAUUUUAUGAAUCAAAAUCCUGAUGAUGUAAUUGGUGUGCAUUGCACACAUGGCUUUAAUAGGACUGGUUUCUUAAUCAUUUCAUUUCUGGUUGAAGAAAUGGAUUUCAGUUUAGAUGCAGCUCUGCAUCAGUUUUCAAAGAAAAGGGAGCCUGGUAUAUACAAACAAGACUAUUUAGAUGAAUUGUAUAGACGGUAUGAAGAUGAUACAGACUUUACACCUACAGCACCUCCAAGACCUCAGUGGUGUGAAGAAGAAGAGGAAGACUACCAUGAGGAUGACAUGCAGGCUAAUUCAUCACACUCGUCACAAGUACCUGGAAAUUCCUCUUCUAAACGUGAAGGUAAAAACCAUAAAAAUAAUAAAAAAAAAUCAUUUGUACCUGCUAUUAGUGGUGUAACCCUAUUUGAAUCUGAACCUGAAGUAACAGAAAUACAAGAAAAAGCGCAACAAUUUUGCAAAUGGACUGGAAAAGGCUUCCCGGGUUCACAGCCUGUUUCCAUGACCCUAGACAAUAUAAGCCUGCUACAAAUUAAACCUUACAGAGUGUCUUGGAAAGCAGAUGGAGUAAGGUAUAUGAUGCUUAUUGAUGGAGAGGAUAAAGUAUAUAUGUUAGACAGAGACAACUGUGUAUUCAAAGCACAUGGACUUAAGUUCCUUCAUAAUAAAACAAUGAAGCAUCUUACAAAUACUCUACUUGAUGGAGAAAUGGUGGUAGAUAAAGAGGAUGGUGAAGAAAAACCUAGAUAUUUAUGCUAUGAUAUUAUCAGAUUUGAAAAUCAAAAUGUCGGAAGAGAAUCAUUUUAUCCCAUAAGACUAAUGUGUAUAGAAAAGGAAAUAAUGAAUCCUAGGAAUAGAGCAAUUGCAAGUGGUAUGAUCAGUAAAGGACCUUUCAGUGUCCAUUUAAAGGAAUUUUGGGAUCUGAGCAUGGCGCAAUAUUUGUUAGAGGAGAAAUUUGCCAGGAAACUGUAUCAUGAACCUGAUGGCCUCAUAUUCCAGCCAUCUAAGCAGGGAUAUGUUCCGGGUGCAUGUAAGGAAGUAUUAAAGUGGAAACCGAGCGAUAUGAACAGUGUGGAUUUCAGACUGAAGAUUGUCACCGAAAGUGGACAAGGUAUAAUACCAAAAAAAGUGGGAUUGCUGUUCGUCGGACGUGAGAAGAAUGCAGUUGCUCAGAUAAAAUUAACAAAGCAAAUGAAACACUUAAACAACAAAAUCAUUGAGUGUAAGUUCGAGAACAAUCGGUGGGUGUUCAUGAGAGAGCGCACAGAUAAAUCGUUUCCCAACAGUAAGGACACAGCUGAAGCGGUGUGGGAUAGCAUACAGAAUCCAGUAACAAAGGAACACCUGUUAGAGUUUAUCCAUCUGCAUGGAUUCCACGACGACUCCGACAUGCCCCCUCCUGCGAAACGCAGCCGUGUUUAG